AUGUCGCUGGCGUUCGACGAAUAUGGCCGGCCCUUCGUCAUCAUCAAGGAGCAAGAGAAGAAGUCCAGAGUUCGCGGGAUCGACGCGGUGCGGGCCAACAUCCAGGCGGCCAAGGCCGUGUCGAAGACCCUGCGCACCUCGCUAGGUCCCAAGGGCAUGGACAAGAUGAUCCAGAACUCGGACGGCGACGUGACGAUCACGAACGACGGCGCGACGAUUUUGGACCUGAUGGAGGUGGAGCACCAGGUGGGGCGGCUGCUGGUGGAGCUGAGCAAGUCGCAGGACUUCGAGAUCGGGGACGGGACGACGGGCGUGACGGUGCUGGCGGGCGCGCUGCUGGAGAUGGCGGAGCCGCUGCUGGAGAUGGGCAUCCACCCGCUGCGCAUCGCCGAGGGGUACGAGCGGGCGUGCAAGGUGGCGACGGAGCACCUGGAGGCGAUCUCGACGACGUUCGAGUUCAGCGCGGAGGACAUCGAGCCGCUGAUCAAGACGUGCAUGACGACGCUGUCGUCGAAGAUCGUCGGGCGGUGCAAGCGCGAGAUGGCCGAGAUGUGCGUGCGCGCGGUGCUGGGCGUGGCGGCGCUGGACCGGCGCGACGUCAACCUGGACCUCAUCAAGGUCGAGGGCAAGGUCGGCGGGCGCCUCGAGGAGACGCGCCUCGUGCAGGGCAUCGUCAUCGACAAGGACAUGUCGCACCCCCAGAUGCGCAAGCGGGUCGAGAACGCGAAGAUCGCGGUGCUCACGUGCCCCUUCGAGCCCCCGAAGCCGAAGACCAAGCACAAGAUCGAGAUCGACUCGGCGGAGAAGUUCGAGGCGCUCCGGCAGCAGGAGCGCGAGUACUUUGUCGACAUGGUGCGGCGCUGCAAGGCGGCCGGCGCCACGCUCGUCAUCUGCCAGUGGGGCUUCGACGACGAGGCCAACUCGCUCCUCAUGCAGCACGACCUCCCCGCCGUCCGCUGGGUCGGCGGCGUCGAGCUCGAGCUCAUCGCCAUGGCCACGGGCGCGCGCAUCGUGCCGCGCUUCGAGGAGCUCAGCGCCGACAAGCUCGGGUACGCGGGCGUGGUCGAGGAGGUCGCGUUCGGCACGACGCGCGAGCGCAUGAUCCAGAUCUCGGGGUGCCCCAAGUCGCGCGCGGUGACCAUCCUGGUGCGCGGCGGCAACAAGAUGAUGAUCGAGGAGACCAAGCGCUCGCUCCACGACGCGCUGUGCGUCGCGCGGAACCUCGUGCGCAACAACGCCGUCGUGUACGGGGGCGGCGCGGCGGAGAUCAGCUGCGGCCUCGCCGUGCAGAAGGCCGCCGACCAGGUGGCCACCGUCGAGCAGUACGCCAUGCGCGCCUUCUCCGACGCCCUCGAGGUCAUCCCCCUCUCGCUCGCGGAGAACUCGGGCCUCAGCCCCAUCGAGACGGUGACGGAGGUGCGUCGGCAGCAGGUGGAGCAGGACUGUCCGCACCUGGGCGUGGACUGCAACGUGGUGGGCACCAGCGACAUGAAGGAGCAGAACGUGUUCGAGACGCUGAUCGGGAAGAAGCAGCAGCUCUUCCUGGCCACGCAGGUGUGCAAGAUGAUCCUCAAGAUCGACGACAUCAUCAAGCCCGCCGCGGGGUACGACUAG